UUAUGCGUCCAAAUAUAUGUGAAAUAGCAUUUAUGAUGAGGAAUAACAGUAAAACUCGCUAUGCAUAAACGAAAAUGUCUCUUUGAAAUAAUUAAAAAACUUACAAAAAGACACGAAAAUGACAACGAAGUGCGCUCAAGUGACACCAAGUCAGUCACCAGCAACAACACCCCAAUAAACCUUGCAAAUGCAUGCGUUUUAAGAAAAGAAAAUAAAUUGGUGACAAAACAGCAAAAGCAUUGCAAAAGCGACCACAGCAAUCAUUUAAACAUUUACUGCGUGCAACAUUGCGUGGCAAAAGUAAUUUUCUUCAAUAAUUGAAGCCCGCGCAUCCAAGUAACCAUAAGAAAUUCAGUCUUGCAUGUGGAGCGAUUGCGGUUAGAUCGUGAAAUUUUUGGAUUUCAUAUACUAGGCUAGCAGCCGGAGGACUGUAGAAGAAAAUUUAAAAAUGCGCUGUAAAAAAAUUGGUUGCUUGCAAAUCCUUUGCCUUAUACUUCUUGUCCGUGCAAGCGAGCACAACGAACCGACGAAGCAGCUUAACAAACGCGGCGUUGCAGAAAAUCUUGGCCAGGGUUUAAAGUUCGCAGGUCAAAUGUUUGGCAUCAACACAGCCGCCGAUGUGGCAAAUCUAGUGGCGAUGGCAUUUGGCAAUAAAAAGCCAGACUUGAUGUCACUAUUUCAACAGAAGCAAACCAACGCUGCUGAGGCCGAUAGUGAAUCGGAUGCAUCGCAACAGGACACAGGCUCGCAGGAGCAGCAGCCAUCGAAUGUAAAGCACAGGCAUCGUUACAAACAACAGCAGCAGCAGCAGCAGCAGCAGCAACAACAAGAGACGGAUGAGAGUGACGAGCAGUCAAGAGAACCGCUCAGUAAUUCAGAAUUCAGCACCAGUCGAUUCGUUACAGGCGUAUUGCGCAUGAUUGGCUUCGACGCUACCAAAUUGGGUGCACUGGCAAUAAAUGCAUUAAUUAUGAUUGCGCAGGCGAUUGGUAAUGCAUUUACGGCGCCAACACAUACCAGCGCUGGCUACACACCAUCCCCGACGACACCGUACGAUGACGAGGACGAAGGCGUACGCCCAGAAGCCCAACGGAAUGGGGAGCAGGAUGGACAUCAACCGCGUGCCUUACGUGAGGGUACGCCAAUCGAUUGGUAUCUAGAGAAUCCGAAUGAGGGUAUGCGUCGCACCUUGAACGAUGCAUUGGAUACGCAACUAACAGAGCGCAUCACUGAAAUGAUUGAGAAUGUGGAACAGCAAGAGGGUCGACAGGCUGGUUGCAUUAAGUUGUUGAUGUGUAAGAGUUCGCCAAUUAUUUGGGGCAUGCAACGUUCGGUGAGUGAACGCGUAACGGGCAAGGCGACGACGAACAACACAGUGGAAGAUAAUGCGGAGGGGAAGAAGAAGAAGACGAAACCGAAAAAACUAUUUUCCACUGACGUGUUUUUUGCGCAUUUUCCCACACUUGAGGAGUUUCGUGAGCAUGGCGCUAUCUGUGAGGAACGCUUCGGCAAGCAAUGCAAUGUCGACGAGAAUGAUGAUACA